AGUAUCGUGAGAACUUUCGUACUGUAAGGUGUUAUCCAAGAAGAAAUAAAUAGAAAAUUGUACAGUCUUAUAAAAUUAUCAUUGAAAAGAAAACCAGGCAAGUGUUUUAAACCGAAAUUUUUGCUGACAUGAUUUACAAAAAGGUUUAUUACUCAAUCGCAAUAUUAUAUUCAGAAUUUAAAUUUUAUUAAGUUUAUCUUAUAAGAAAUAUUAUAAAUAUUAUAAUAAUAAUUAUUAUUAUUAAAUAUAAAUAUAUAUAUGUGUGUGUGUGUAAUUCUAAUUAAAUAUCGUUAAAUAUUAUUGAAACAUUAUAAUAAAAAUUGUAAUUAAUACUAUAUAUAAUUAUUCACGUAUAUCUGGAUACUUGUAGAUAUAAAUAAUUAAUUUAAUUUACCGUGCAACAAGCGAUGAAACAAAUUUAACGAUCAUGUUUUAUCGAUUAUAGAAGAACACACAUCAUACUGCAUCUGUAAGUGGUUUUGUGAGUUUUACUGAUUUAAAUACCACAUACGUAUACACACACACGCGCGCGCGCGCGAGCACACGCACAUAUAUAUAUAUAUAUAUGCAUAGAGCCAAUGUGGCGUGAUCAGCAGUAACGGAUUGUAAGUUUGUUUCUCACUUUCCAAUAAAUAUUUAAUUAUUUUCAGUAUUACAGAAGAAGAUGUUAUAAAUGUUAUAACGAUGAAAUAUUUGAAGAUGUUAUAAAUUUUGAAACAUUUAAAUGAACUAAUAGAAUCUAUAUAUGAGUAAUUAAAAAAAAAAAAAAUACAAAAAGAUACAUUACAUUGAGUAAAAAAUUUACAUAUUAAUUAAAUCGUAUGAUUGUCUAAGGAAUCAUAAAUCUUAUUAUUAAUUAUGCGUUAUUAAGAAAAUUUAAUAAUUGCAUCUAUUAAAUUAUUUUUAACAUUUUUUUUAUAUUAAAUCAUAUGCGUAUAUUAUGAAAUAAUGAUUACUGAACAUAAUCAUUUAUUUUCUUCCUCUACAUAACAAAAUUUGAUUAUUUAAAAUUAUUUGCUAAUUGUUUUAUGUUACGUUAAUUACUUACUUAAAUUAUAUAACUUAUAUAAUUAUAUAACUACAAACAAUGUUUAGCAGUCUUUUAGAAUUAGCUAAAUGGUCUUUUAAAAUUAGAUAUAGAAUAAGAAUUUAUAUUUCCAUACACUAUAGCAAAUCUCUGAAACGUAGAUAAACUUCAAGCGAUUUGAACUCAAAGCUAUUUGAACAUAAGAUAAAAGUUUAUUUCAUAUUUACAAGAAUUCCGUAUAUCCAUUAUCAAAUUAAGUUAAAUAAUUAUUAUUCUAUUAUCAAACAAAAAUUACAAUUCUUAUAAUUUCAUAAAGCAAACUCGAGCUCAUAGAUCUACUUUCUUGCUUCGAAUGAAUCGUACCGUACUGACGAUUAACGGUACCAUUCUCAGCAGAAUACAAAGAAAGAAAAUUGGAAUAGGAAGAAUCUUCUAUCAUAAAAAUAUUCAUAACUAUGAACAAUUUUUUACAUCGUACUUAUUUGUAAAUUUCAGUGACAAAUUUGUACUUAUUGUUUGUAAUUAAUGAAUGUUUAAUUAAAACGAAUAAUUAUAACAAUUCAUACGAUUAUGUAACAAUUAUGUAACAUUUUUUAAAUUUAUAAGCAUGUUUCAUACAAAAUUAAGAUCAGAUUGAAAAUGAAAAAAAAUGGAAAGUUUUUAUUCUGAAUUUUAUUCUAAACGAGAAAUAAAUGAUAAAGAUACAAAUAUUUUUCAAAUUUAUAUUGUAAUUAAUUAUAUAUCUUAAAAGGACAAUGCAAAAAUAAUAAAUAUCAAAUCAGUCUUGAGAUAUUAUUUCAAACUUCGUAUUAAAAAAUUGCAUGUUAUUUCUUUCUGAAGUUGAUUAAAUGUCAAGGUUGCAAUUUAGUUGUAAUUAUAUAUUGAAAUGAAAUGUCAUUUGCUAUUACAUAAUCUGAAAAUCUAAAUUUCAUGUUGUUUCAUGUUCUCUUUAUCAUCUAAUUACAGAGAUUUAUUUUGCUUGAUGGAUUUCACAUUUUUAUAUUUUGCAUCUGUAAUUUUAGGUUUUACAUUUUUGUAUUACUUCACGUUUUUAUAUUUAAAUAAUCUGGCACAUUGAUAUGAAUAUAAUGAAUAUAAUGUAACGUUUCUCAUUUCUCAUAUCUCAUCAAUUUUAUUUUUCUUCGUUGAAAAUUAAAAUUCACUUUUUUCUUUAUUUCAACAAAAAUAGCCGAAGGAUGAAAAACAUUCCAAUAAUUAUGUUAUAUACAUUAGUGUUUUAUUAAUAUUUGAUUUAUUUUGAAAAGAAAUACGUAAAAAUGAUAAUAAAUUAUUCUAUGUUCAAUCUUGCUACGUCUCUUGGAUCAUCUUCUACUUACAGCCGUAUUUUCCGGCGUUAAAAAAAUUUCCAAAAUUUAACAGGAAUUUUAGAAAAAUUGUUAUUAAUGUUUUUCGUUUCAAUUUUACUAUGGAACUUUUCUUGAAACAUUAAAAAUUUAUUUUUAAAAAAACAAGACGCAUAAAAAUUCGAAAACCGUAACAGAGUUAAAUAUAUUGCCAAAAGGUAGUACGAUGUUCUGUUAUUGAUUUUCAUUAGUUCAAACAUUUUGUAAUUCUAGCAGAUCAAAAACCAGGUCUAAACUUCAAAUUCUACUUUUUCAAGGUAGAAUUUUAAUAACUUUAAGUACUUGAUAUCUAUGUAAAAGAUCUAUAUAAAUUAAAUAUUUAGUAAUGCAUCAAGUAUUGUCAGUUUACUUGAUAUUUAAGUUAAUGUUUUUCUAAUUAAUUUUAUAAUAUUUAUGAAAGCGCAUAUAUAAAUCUAAUUAUCUACAAAAAAAAGCUGAUAUUUAAAAAGUAAUAUUCAUCCUUUUAAGUGAUAUGAGGAGCUGUUUAUCUAACAAGUGUACUUUGUUCACAUCGCCUCAUGUUUCGCCAAUGACUCGUUUCAAGAAAACCAAAAGGAAAAAGAAAGAAUAAAUACGAAGUAGACCGAAGUAUUACAUUCAAUUUAAUGAGAAUACUAUUUUUAAAAAAGCCUCGAUGACUAUUAAAAAUAUAUUUUGAAAAUUUAUAAAAAACUUUAGAUUAUUAUAUAGGUGACUAUUAAUAAAAACUUAUAUUUUAAAAAACUUAUACUAAAUUGAACACAUACAAUUACUUCAUUUGUAUUCACAUUGUGCAAUUAAGUUACAUAAAUUAAGCUUUCUACGGUUUCUAUUUGAGCUUUCUUGAAUAAAAAAUAAAUUAUACUUGUCACAUUUAAUCUAUAAAAUGGCUAUAAUAUGAUGUAAUUUUCUUUUUUUAAUGUUUUGAAAUUAUGUUGUUACGAAUUAUGAUACAUUAUUCUGCAUAUUUUUUGCCAUAAUCUACGAAGUAUUUUGUAUAAUUUUAUUACAAUUUUGAAAAACAUAUUAAUUUGCUUCUCAAUGUUUUUAACAUUUGAAUCUUUAAUUUUCAUUAAUAAUAAAUUUAUAAAAUAUUAUGUUACAAUAUAUAGUAUAUAUAGUAUCAAUAUUAAAUCGUUUAAUUCAAUAUAAUUAUCACGAUUUACAUUCUUUUAUAUAUUAUUACAUACAUUUUUUUAUAUAAUACAUUUUAUAUAAUACAUUUAUUUAUAUAAUACGUACAAAUAUGGUCAUUUAUUCAUUUAUAAUGCAUCUAUUAAUACGGUACAUAUAAGGUAAACGACAUUUUCAACUUAAUUCUAACAUAUACAACAUUUAUAACAUUUCUAUUUAUAUUUCAGACAAUAUGACUACAAUACAGACAAAUGGAUCAAUAAAUAAAUUUACGAUAAAUAGCAAGGUAUAACAAUAAAAAAAUGAUCAUGUAACAAAUUGAAAAGAUUUAUUUAUAAUACCGUUAUUAUACCACAAAAGAAAAAUAAUUAGCAUUUUGAAUAUUACAGGACAUAACUAAUAAUGUUUCUUACUAUGCAAAUAGUGAAACUGGUCUUGAUGGUGAGCAAUUAUGGCUUCUGCAUUAAAAAAUUUGAAAAAAAAUAUCAUUAUUAUAUUUUUUAUAUUUAUUUUAUUUCUAUAGGACCUGAUCAGAUUUUGGCGGCCGAUAGUUUCACAACUACGAAAGCGGAUGAAUGUGUACGAAUACAAUUAAGUAACGAUAGUCUUAAACCCAUAUCAAUUCCUGGAUUAUUGUCACGUACAGCUAAGAAAUAUUCUAAUCAUGUUGCUCUAGUGGAAAGACCUGAUAAAACAGGUCGUAGAAAAACAUAUACAUACAGCGAGUAUGAAAACCAAGUUAGAAUUGUAGCUAAGGCUUUUUUAAAAUUGGGUUUAGAACGAUUUCAUGGGGUCUGCAUUCUAGGAUUCAAUAGUCCAGAAUGGUUCUUUUCAGAUCUUGGUGCUAUAUAUGCAGGAGGACUUGCUGUCGGAAUAUAUACUACCAAUAAUCCAGAGGCAUGCCAAUAUUGUCUUGAAAUCAGCAGAGCGAAUAUAGUAGUUGUCGAAGAUUCAAAACAAUUGGAAAAAAUAUUACAAAUAAGACACAAUCUUCCCCACUUAAAAGCGAUUAUUCAAUACGACGGUACACCGAACCAAAAAGAUGUUUUGAGUUGGAAUGAUUUAAUAAAAAUCGGAGAAGCAGAAUCUGAUGACAAAUUGAACGAAGUUCUAAAAAAAAUUGCGGUGAAUCAAUGCUCUACCCUAGUUUUCACGUCAGGUACAGUUGGAAAUCCAAAGGCUGUGAUGUUAAGUCAUGACAAUCUUAUACAAAAUGCUCAAUCUCUGAAUAAAAUGUAUAAAUUAGAAGAGGCUGAUCAUUCUUUAAUUUCUUAUUUACCUUUAUCUCACGUUGCAGCACAGGUAGUUGAUAUAUAUUACGUCAUUUUUGUAGCUGCUACGUUGUAUUUCGCGGAUAAAGAUGCUCUUAAAGGCACUUUAAUUAAUACUAUACUUGUAGUACGCCCUACUGUAUUUGUAGGUGUACCAAGAGUAUGGGAAAAGAUUUAUGAUAAAAUGAAAGAAAUUGCAAGUAAUAAUGGAUUCAUUAAAACAUGGAUUGCUUCUUGGGCAAAAUCACACGGACUUUAUUACAAUAUGAACAAAAUGAAUGGUAACAACCACAAGCACUGGGGCUAUAUAUUUGCUAAAUGGCUAAUCUUAAACAAAAUAAGGACAGCACUUGGUUUAGAUAGAUGUAAUUGUUGCAUUAGUGCAGCUGCUCCCUUAAAUAACGAAAUAAAAGAAUAUUUUUUAAGUAUAGACGUUAUCAUACUGGAUGUAUUUGGAAUGUCUGAAUGUAGUGGUGGGCACACUGCAUCUACACCUGAUGAAUUCAAAUUAGGUAGUGUUGGUCGAACAAUUCCUCUAUUUGAGACAAAAGUGAAUAAUCCAGAUAAUAAUGGCGAAGGAGAAAUUUGUAUGUAUGGAAGACAUAUAUUUAUGGGAUAUUUAAAUCAACCUGAAAAAACAGAGGAAGCGUUAGAUGCAGAAGCAUGGUUACAUAGUGGCGAUAUGGGAAAAAUUGAUUCAGAUGGAUAUGUACAUAUUACAGGAAGAAUAAAAGAAUUAAUUAUUACUGCUGGUGGCGAAAAUAUAUCACCAGUCCAUAUAGAACAGCUAAUAUUAGCUGAACUGCCCAUAUUAAGCAAUGCUGUAUUAAUUGGAGAUAAAAAAAAAUAUCUUACAAUAUUAGUUACUUUAAAGACUAAAGUCAAUAAUGAAACUAGUGAACCAACAGAUGAUUUCACUGUAGAUAUUUUAAAAUGGUUACAAUCUAUUGGAAGUACAUCAAAAACAGUUUCUGAUGUCUUAAAAACACAUGAUUCUCUUGUAUAUGAAGAAAUUGAUAAAGCAAUUAAAAAAUAUAAUAAUAAUAAAGCUAUAAGUAAUGCACAAAAAAUACAAAAAUUCAAGAUUUUGCCAAAGGACUUUUCAGUAGCCACUGGAGAGCUUGGACCAACACUUAAACUUAAAAGAAAUAUUGUUUAUAAGAAAUAUGAAAAUUUGAUAGAAGAUAUGUAUAAAUAAAUAUAUACAGAAAUCCUAUUUAUAACUUAAAAGAAGGAAAAACAAAAGAUAUUUCUAAAUAACUUAGUGGUAACUAAUAUACUUGCAUACUUAAUGCUUUUAUACUUAAAUUAUGAAAUUACAUAAUCAAGAAUAUUAUAAAUAUUAUAAUAUUGUUCUUUAAAUUAAUUUUAAUUAGUAAAUAUUUCAAAAUUUAAUUCUAAAAAUUUCAAAAGAGUCUUCUCACAAUAUAAGAAAGAAAGAAAAAAAGUAUGUAUAUACAAAUUAUUUUUUUUAAACUGAAUAUAUAAUAUAUGAUGUAUUUAGAAAUAUUGAAUGUUAAUAUUAGAAAUUUGGCAGAUGUAUUAUAGUAUAACAAAACUUUCAUAUAUCUUUUUGAUACAAAAUUUGUUAUAAUAGAUAUUAAUGCGUUUAUUUUUGUGACAAUAAAAUUUACUCUAAAUGAAAAUGAAUAUUUAAAAAUAGAAUAAGUGCCUUCAUGAGUGAAAAUCAGAAAAAGUUCAAAUAGUACAUACAAAUAAUAAUUUUUAAAUCAGAUUAUUUUUAAAUAUAUAUAAUCCACAUUAUACAUUAUAAAUAAAUAAAUAUAUAUAUAUAUUAUUUUGAAAUAUAUAACAGCAUAUGUGUAUUGAAUAUACUAUAUUAUAUAUCAUUACACUAAAAAAAUGUACUAUUAUAUUCAAUUGAAUGAGUAUAGAAUAUAAUCCUUAAAUAAUAUAGUAUAGUAGGGUAGUAUAGUAAAAUUAAGAGUUUAAAAUUAUAUAAUUAAUAUUUUUAUUUAAUUUAUUAUAUUUAGCUGAAACAUUAAUGAAUAAAAAGAAUACAAAUUUUUUUAAAUAUUACUUAUUAAUAUAUGUAUCAUAAAAAUUUCUUAGUGUAGCUAUACCUAAAAGUAUAUAAUUAAUUGAUAAUGUGAUAAUAAAAUUGUCUUGUAUAAGUGCACUUUUGUAAUUUUACUAUAUUACUUCAGUAAGUAGUCUUUUAAAUAUAGAACAUAUUACUAAAUAUAUAUUUUAUUUUCUAUACAAUAAAAUAAAUUUAUUAAGAUUUCUAUAUGUUUUGACACAUAAAUCUGUUAAUGUGUAAAAGCUUAUUAUUUAAAUCUUUUUUUUUUACUAAAAUAAUGGACAGGUAACUAAAUAAAUAUUAGUAAGUUUAAGUUAUAAUGUAUUACUAAUGUAGUUUACAGUAACCAAAACAAGUAUUAUAUUUAAUUUUGUUUUAUGCUACAUACAGAUUCUUAUGACAACCUGAUAUCUUAUAAGAAUAUAGUUUUAUUAAGCACAUCACAGCAACUUUGGAAAUGCAGGUUUGUGUAAUGUCCUCAUUCUGAAACUCUAUUGCAUAUACGAGUGAUUACAUUUACAGUAUUUUCUUUUAUCAUUUUGUAUUUUUGAAUAUUUAAUUUCAUUGUAUAUUUUAAUAGGAAAUUUUGAAAUUCUUUAUGUUUUUGAAUCUAAGAUGCAAUUUAUUUUGAUCCUAAAAAUUAAUUCAAUAACAGAAAAGUAACUAUUGCUUAAUUAUUAAUAUUUUUAGUAUGGAAAAACAGGAUUAUAAUAUUUGAUAUAUUGUUAUAAAUUAUUAUAAUUUUUACUUUUUUAAGUGCCUUAAAAAUCUUGAAAUAUCAUUUUUAAGAAAGACUUAUUUAGCAUGAAAAAGUUCAAUGUGCUAAUAAUGAAUAAGUAUUCAGAAAAUAUUAUAAGAACUAUGUUUUUAAGAUAAUAUCAUCUAUAAAGUAUAAAGAUACUGAAUCAUUUAAAAUUUAAAUUGCAUAUAAUCAUAUUAUAUAUCACUUGAGUUGUAAAACUUCUAAGAUAUUACAAAAAUUUAUGAUGUACUUGUUGUAUUAAAUUUUUGUUGAAUAAUAGAUGUUUUUCGUUGUGGUACAGUUUCAGGUGUAGGUAUAGCAUCACCUGUUGGCAAUACACCAGCUGGCUUUGGCUUAGCUGUAUAUUUCUGUUUUGCCAUUUGAUAAUCUCCGGAAUCAAAAUAUUUUUGCUGAAAAUAUUUUACAUACAACUUAAAAAUUUUCCUUAUCCCAACUCCUGUUAUACAUACAUUUAUUAUAAUACCACAAUUAUUUAGCACUUUAGUUAAAAAAUUAUUCAUUAACUUAUAAUAGCAAAUCUUAGAAAAUUUAUGUAUAUAUACCCCUUUAGCUAGCCUCUUCUGUAGAAAUGCUGAAUGUCCACUAAUUGGGCGUCCAGUAUUUGGAAAUUUUGCUCUUAAUUUUGCUUCUUCUAUUUUUUCAAUAUCAUUUGAAGAUAACUGAAACAAAAAUUAUUUUAGGUUUUUUGAUAAUUAUUAUAUAUAUGCAUAAAAGUUAUAUAUAAAUCAUAAACUGUAAAAAUUAAGAUAUUGACACAAUUUUUAUUUAUUUCUAAUUGUUUUCAAACAAUGUCACCAAACUCAUAAAAUGUCACCAACUCAUACUUGAUUUGAAUGAAACAUAAACUUAAAAAUACUACAAUUUCCAAAUGUUCAAAAGAGAACUCGAGCAUGAAUUUAUUAUUUUAAACAUAACAUUAUAUUUUAAAUGUAAAACAAAUAGAAAAGUAAAAUUAUUAUUUCAUUUAAUACAGUACCUCAACUGUUUCAGACAGUUCACUUGCUUGAUCGUUACUCAUCGUUGCUGUUUCUAACCACUUUUUUGAUGGUGAUGGCUUUUAAAAUUUCACAGGUAUGUAUUAAUCAAAUAUUUAUUUCAACACUACCACAUAAAAGCAUAUAAUAGAGAAACACUAACUUUUUAUGUUAAAAAAUUUUUUUUUAUAUAACGUUCGUUUAUUCACAAUCUUACAAAUUUUGUCGUCAAAAACAAAUAUCUGUCAAUGAAAGCAAACUUAACAGAUAGUAACAGUCACAUACGGCAUAUACAGUCAUGUGACGCAGAUAACCGUUACCAAAUUUGAUCUAGAUGUGAAUUUUCAUAAUGUACAGAUGAUAAAAAUCAAUAAUUACAAGGAUUUACAAUCCAAUUCACCAACUACUAUCAAUUUAUGUAAGCGAUUUGUCAUCAAAUGCUAAUAGUUCAAUGCAGAUAUGCAUUUUCGACCGAUAAAAAUGGUUAAUAUAAAAAUUUCACUUCGCCGAAUUGCUCUUCAUGAAAAUAUGUCGUAAAUUUGCAAAUAAACAAUUCUUACAUUUUGCGUAUUCUUUUCAUAAUAAAAUGUUAUCGAAUUUAAAAUGUGUAAUAAAUUUAAAUGAUCAAUAUAAAUAUUAUGUUUCAAUAUAAAUUAAGUUCUUUAAUUAUGUUUAAGUUGUAAGUUUAAUUUAAUAAAAAUAAAAUGCAUUUAGGAA